UUGUAGCUUGAGAAGCCAGCGAGGCAUCCGAGGUAAGAGAAGAGGAAGCAGAGAGGUGGAGGUAGAUUGGACUUGCUGAAGAUUUAAAAGAAAAAGCAUGAGAUGAACAUUCGCCCAUGUGCUCAGAGGUCACUAACCCCGCUAUGCCAGCAGAAAUCUCAAGUGAGAUCCAAACCCAAACAGGCUGUGAGUGCCAUGUCUCAGCAGCUGCUCUACCGGGCAUUGGUGACUGCUAAAUGGGUGUCAGAAAUUAUCAAGUCUCCUCAAACUGGAUCAUCUGUGAAGCUCUUGGAUGCCUCUUGGUAUCUCCCCAAAAUGAAACGUAAUCCCCAGAGAGAGUUUGAAGAUCGCCAUAUUCCAGGAGCCGCUUUCUUCGACAUUGAUCAUUGUAGUGACCGCACAUCACCUUAUGAUCAUAUGCUUCCUAGUGCAACAGAUUUUGCAGAGUAUGUGGGCAAACUAGGAGUGAGCAGUGAUUGUCAUGUUGUUGUGUAUGACGCAAGUGACCAGGGCUUGUUCUCAGCUCCCCGAGUCUGGUGGAUGUUCCGAGUUUUUGGCCAUGAAGCGGUUUCCCUUCUAAAUGGUGGGCUGAAGAACUGGAUGAAAGAGGGGUAUCCAAUCAGCUCUGGAAAGAGUCAUCCUGCUUCUGCUGAAUUUCAUGCUUCUCUGGAUAAAUCAAUGGUGAAGACCUAUGAGCAGGUGAAGGAGAACAUUGAGUCACGCCAGUUCCAGGUAGUGGAUGCACGGUCUGCUGGAAGGUACACUGGGACGGAACCAGAACCCCGACAAGGAAUCGAACCUGGUCACAUCCCUGGCUCUGUGAACAUUCCUUUCACAGAAUUCCUCACUGAGGCAGGCUUGGAAAAAAGCCCAGAAACUAUCCAAAGCUUGUUUCAGGAGAAGAAAGUAGACCUCUCCAAACCUCUUGUGGCCACUUGUGGAUCAGGAGUCACCGCUUGCCAUGUGGCAUUAGGAGCAUAUCUGUGUGGGAAGCCAGAUGUGGCCAUUUAUGAUGGGGCUUGGGUGGAAUGGUUCAUGCGCGCACAGCCCGAAGACAUCAUUUCAGAGACGAUGGGAAAGAGCCUCUGAAGCAUAGCCUUCUGCUGAGACAGAAACAUUAGAGAAGGGGAUGGCUUUCAAAAAUUCUAUCUCAAGAUAUUCUGCCUAUUGAAUGAAGUGUUUUGAUAAUGAAUUGGGGGAUUUGCCAUUCUUUUGCUUGUCUCCAUUGCCAUGUAUAGAUACUGCCCAUUUUUCAUAGCAAAGAAAACACUAAUUAUGGGAAGAUCAAAUUAAGAGUUCCAGGUAGAACACUAAAACUCUGGAGAUUUGCAACCACAAAAAUAACUUUGCUUUUUAAGGGGAUUAAUUUUGCAAUGUAACUAUGGCAAAUUAUGUCAUUCUUCUGGCUAUUUAGUAUUAAUUGUUUCUCCACCAGAUCCUGUAAUUUGGUUUCUUUUCAUUUUGUAUGGAAAUGCCAUAGUACAAACAUUUCUUUUAAAUCAAAAGCAUCUUCCUGUCCUUAAA